AUGUUAAAACAUUUUGUGAAUCAUAUUAGAAAAAUCGAUCAAUUUGGUGUUGUCUAUUAGCCUAAGAUCAAAUACUCUACAAAUGAAUAUAAGACUGCUGUAGGUGGAAUAAUGUCAAUUAUUCUUUAUGGAUUGAGUUUUGGCUAUUUGUUAUAUAGCUUCAUUUAAUAUGGAUAGGGGAAUAUUCUUCCAAAAAUAACCACUAUACAAGUCAAAACAGACCAACAGAGUAUAUUUCUUGAGAAUGAAAUAAUGUCAUUCAAGAUCAGGCCCGGAUAAGAUAAUUUUAUAAAUCCAUUUAAUCCUUCAGCUCUGGUACUUUUGCCCUUGGUGCUUCCAUUUAAAAACAAUGAAAUACCCCCCAGUUAAUAUUUCAACUUUGAAUAAAUCUAAUUUUCAGAGGAAAAGAUUUCUAUACGAAAUUUAGAUUUGUAAUACGGUGAUCCCUCAUAAGAAGAGACAGAACAAAUAAUCGCAUUUGUAGGGUGUAAGUAAGUUAACUUACCUUCUCCAUUUGCUUGCGCUAAUCAAAGCAUCUAAGAUUAGUUCUUUGCUCAAUCAAGAAAUGCUAUGAUUGCUACUACUUAAGUAAAUUAAUUUAAUACCGACAGAAGAACUUUGGAUGAGGUAGGUAAGGAACAGGUUUUGGCAAUAGUGAACAAUUCCACAUACUUUUAAACUAUAAAUUUGAAUAUUUAAGAAUCGUAAGUAGAUACAGGUUUCUUAUUGGAAUAAAUUGAAAGCUAUGUUUAUGCUACUGAUUAUUAUUUAACUAAUUAACAAAUGGGUUAAGAGUAUUUUAGAACUACAUUUAAAUUUGAUGCUUACAUGGUAUUUUAGUUAAGAAUAAGCAAAUUGAGAUACUUGCAGAGUAUUCAAUAUCCAAAGAUAAGUGAAAUUUUGGCUGAUGCAGGUUCAAUUGGAUCCACUAUCCUUUUGCUGUCAUAUUUUGUAAUUCUAUGUAAUCAGAGCCUAAUGGAGAAGUAAUCAUUGGAUGAUAUCAUUUCAAUUUAUUACCCAUAGUAUAAGGAUUUGUAGAUUAAGUAGACAUUUUAUGGUUCGAUUAAGGAGGUUAUCUUUGAGGGUAAAUAAUAGGAUUUAGAGUAAUUCAAAUAAUAUCAGAAAGAACUGCAGGAGAGGGCUGAGAAGAAGUUGUCUAUGUUAAAUUUAGUGUAUGAGAUUUCAAGAUUGCAAUUUAUGAUUACAAAUAUUUUGAAGUCUAAGGAAUAAUUAAGGUAGAGUCACAAGAUAGGGAUUAAAUUGAAAUAAUUUGAGAUGUAAAAAUUGUUGAAUGAUGAAAAUUUGAAUGGAAAUUAAAUUAUACCUCAUUCAAAUUUGAACUGUUCUUCUUCUAAAUUAGCCAUUAUUGAUAGUCAAAGUGAUUCAUCCUAAAAUCUUAAGAAACCAUAACAACAACAAUAGAUUACAGUUGAGGAAUCUAGUGAUGAGAAUUAAUUAAACGAUGAGGAUUUUGAGAUUCUGAUUCAACCUAGUGAAUUGGAAGAAUGA